CUAUUUGAUAGACAGACAAUCGAUAGGCCAACCAUCGAUUGUAACGGCAUGUGCCUUGCACGUUUUUUGUAAACAAACCAAUCGAAGAAACAUUAAUUUAUAUUUAAAAUGGGAGCAUUGGCAGAGCUAGCUGGCGAUGAGAAGAACGGCGAAGGAUCCCGGACGUUUGUCUUUGCCAACGAGGGCCACACGCUGGGAAAUGCGCUGAAAACCAUUAUAGCCCGCUACCCGGAGGUGGAUUUCUGUGGCUACACCAUUCCCCAUCCCACCGAGCAGAAGCUGCACUUCCGCAUCCAAUCCCAUCGAGACAGGGCCAUAGAUAUUCUCAAACGGGGACUGGAGGAUCUGGAGGGAUUAUGCGAUCAUACAAUCGUUACUUUUGAAAGGGAGAUGUCUAACUUUAAUGCCGUGAAGGUGGAGAAUACAUGAAGGUUGAUAUUAAUAUAGACUACUAACUAGACAA